AUGGCUAAUGAGUCGAGGCCCUGCCCAUGUGAUAUUGGAGACAGGUUUGACUAUGGAGGCCGUGGCCAGGAAGUGCAAGUUGAGCACAUCAAGGCCUACGUUUGCAAACCACCUGCCAGCACAGGCAAAGCUGUGAUUGUGAUUCAUGAUAUAUUUGGAUGGCAACUCCCCAACACCAGAUACAUGGCUGAUAUGCUGGCGGCUAAUGGAUACAUAGCCAUCUGCCCAGACUUUUUUGCAGAAAGAGAAGCUUGGAAACCUUCUGAUGACUGGUCCAAGUUUGGUGAUUGGCUGAAAACUCGAGAUGCCAGGAAAAUAAACAAAGAAUCUGAUGCUGUCCUGAAAUAUCUAAAGGAACAGUGUGGUGCAAACAGAUUAGGGGUCAUUGGUUUUUGCUGGGGUGGUGUUGGUGUACAUCACCUGAUGAUGACAUACCUGGAAUUGAAGGCUGGUGUAUCUCUCUAUGGACUAAUCAAGGAUUCUGAUGAUAUAUCCAGUCUCCUGAGCCCUACAUUUUUCAUUUUUGCUGAAAAAGAUGACUACAUUCCCCUUGAUCAAGUCACCCUGCUGGAGCAGAAGCUAAAGAGAAAUUGUAAAGUCGAUUUUGAAGUUAAAAUUUAUCCUGGACAAACCCAUGGUUUUGUACAUAGAAGAAGAGAAGAUAUCAAUCCUCAAGAUAAGCUUUAUAUUGAGGAAGGAAGAAAGGAUAUGAUCAACUGGCUGAAUAAAUACAUCUAA